UAUCGUGAUUCAAACCAAGACAAAAUACAGGAAGGUGACAUAUUAAAGUUCCACAGACGAAUUAUUUGUCAUUUUGCUGUAUACACAGGUGACGGAAUGGUGGUACACCAGACAAAGAAUAAAGGAGUUCUGAAACAGCGACUCAGCGAUGUGAUUCAGCAGUGCAGGUUCUACAUUGAUAACAGCCUGGAUUCGGAGAUCACCCCCCAAAGUAAGUCUCAGAUUGUGAAGGAUGCACGCAGCCAACUGGGGAGACAAGAGCAUGACAUCUUCACAAGAAACUGCGAACAUUUUGCAAACUGGUGUAGAUAUGAAGACUGCCAACAGGGCCAAGAACAAGGCAUUGAGACAGAAAGGACUACACUGCAGGAGGCUUCCCGUCCGAGAGUAGAGACAGCUAUAGGUGAACACAGUAACGUAUCAGCUGUUUCUGCACCACCCGCCACCGACGACUCUUUCAAUCAUAAGCCAUCUGCAACUGGUGCGAACGACAAUAGACACCCUCCUACUGAAGAAGGUGUACGGGGCCAAGAACAAGGCAUUGAGACAGAAAGGACUACACUGCAGGAGGCUUCCCGUCCGAGAGUAGAGACAGCUAUAGGUGAACACAGUAACGUAUCAGCUGUUUCUGCACCACCCGCCACCGACGACUCUUCCAAUCAUAAGCCAUCUGCAACUGGUGCGAACGACAAUAGACACCCUCCUACUGAAGAAGGUGUACGGGUUGUUUAUCGUGAUUCAAAACAAGACGAAAUCAAGGAAGGUGACAUAUUAAAGUUCUACAGAAGACUUUUUUGUCAUUUUGCUAUAUACACAGGUGACGGAAUGGUGAUACACCGGACAAAGGAUAAAGAAGUUGUGGGAGAAAAAUUGAGUGAUGUGAUUCAGCAGUGCAGUUUCUACAUUGAUAACAGACGGGAUAAGGAAAUGAGACCCAAAAGUAAGUCUCGGAUUGUGAAGAAUGCACGCAGCCGACUGGGGGAGAAAGAUUAUGAACCCUUCACAAAUAACUGCGACCAUUUUGCAACCUGGUGUAGAUAUGGGAAGGCCGGGGGCAUACAG